GUCUCCCUGCACUAAAGAAAAACUCUGUCUCCCUCCCCCGGUCAGUCUCCAUUCUUCGAGAAGGCCGCCGCCGCCGCUGCCGGGCCGGACGCCGGAGUAGACGUAGUCCGGGAACUCCCCCUCCAGACCUCUUUCUGCGGGGCGCACUGGACUUGCUUUUAUCAUAUACCGGCAAAAUGUUUCCUCAGUGACGUCCAGGCAUGAUUUGGGUAUUGUUCAUAAUGCAGCUGGCUUCUCAUACUAUCCUAGAAGACGAAGCAACACAGAUGGUGCCGAAUUGUGAUCAUGAACAAGUGCCAGAUUCGCAGGAGGUAGUUUCACAAUCCAACACCACGGGAAGCUCCAAGGAGUAUCUGGUCUCAUGUGAAAUCAAGCAAGUGAUAGUUGAGAAUGACAAUCACGAUAUCGAUGACAAUGAAGAAACCCAGCUUGUCAUUCAAGACUUAUCACAGUGCCGGAUUUGCCUUGAUAAUGAAGAAGGUGAUGACUUGAUUGCGCCAUGCCAUUGCAAGGGCACACAGAAGUAUGUCCAUAGGUCCUGUCUUGAUAACUGGAGAUCAACAAAGGAAGGUUCUGCAUUUUCACAUUGCACCGAGUGUCGGGCAGCAUUCGUACUUCGUGCAAAUGUUCCUCCUGAUCGAUGGUGGUCAACACUGAAGUUUCAACUUCUAGUUGCUAGAGAUCACACAUUGAUCUUUUUUAUUGUACAACUAGUUGUUAUUUUCUUGGGUAUGCUGGUAUACAGAUUUUAUGGAGAUGAACUGCGAGAAAUGUUUGGUUAUGAAGAACAUCCAUACGUUUUUUAUGCGUUGGCAAUACUGGCAAAUAUUUUGGUUGGUUUGCUGUAUGGGUUCUUCAUAGCUAUAAUUUGUGGACAGAGGAUCACUGAUCGGCACUACCAUGUUCUUGCAAAGCAAGAGUUAACCAAGGAGUAUGUUGUAGAAGAUCUUGAAGGAGCUGAUCUAGUGCCAGAUCUUGAUCCUAGCCAUGUUACAGAGUUGAGGACACUGGGACUUUAUUGAGCAUAACUGCAUGUAACAUCAGAUAAACAACAAUGAUGGAAUGGUGAAAUCAGUCACUAUAAAUCUGGAAGGCUGGUGUUGCACGGAUAUCGUCACAUUCUCAUACAAGGAAUGAAAAACGAGCCUUUGUGUGGCACAUAUGUAUAUAUUUUCAGAAGUAAAACAGGCCGCUCCUUUGUAGCCACCAGAUAUAAUUCAUGUUUCCUCUUUGUUCCGUGUAGGAUAGUUUGCUCCCAGAACAGAUGGAGAAUAAGGUGAGUUACCUCACAUUCUUGACAAAUGAGCAAGGUUGCAAUAGAAAUGCUAGGAUAUUAUGCUGAAUGUACUUUCUGUUGGAUACAUUUCUUUUCUUCAUCUCUUCCGGUUAAUAAUAAAAUACAACAAUUAAAGAUGCAA